AUGCUCUUCGACGAGAAGAUCGACGCCGAUGGACCCGCAGCUCCAUGGAUGCAGAAGAAGAUCCUUGCAGGAGGAGCCAGUUGGGGAGUCUCGCACACACGCGUACCGACGGAAUCCCGUCCAUGUCAUGCUUCGCUGCUGGGGGGGAUCUAUGAGGACCCGUCAGCUGUUACCAAAGGGUGGCAGCAGAAUCCUGUCGAGUUCGACACCGUAGGACAAGGCGGGACGGUUCUGAACGCGAGCUCUGCUUCCUUCGCUAUCGGCUCACCGGACGUGAUCCCCUUGUUUGCUAAGGGGAUCCCGCACGUGACAUCACUGCGGCUCAAAGGAGCGGGGGUGCAGGCGAGCAGCCGCGAUGAAGUUCUCAACACCCUGACGAGGCUGGACGACUGGGUCUUUGCCAAACUGGAAGAGCUGCUGAAGAACGCAACGUCGGACAAGGGUCUGAAUCAUCGCCUUCGACAGGACAAGAUGAUUAUAUUCCUGCACCUGCUGGGUCUCGAUAUGAAUGGUCAUGCUCAUCGGCCAGCGUCGCAGCAAUACAAGGAUAAUCUUCGGAGUGUCGACGAGGGUGUGAAGAAAGUUGAACAACUGUUGGAUAAUUUCUUCCAUAGAGACGGAAAGACGGCUUAUCUCUUCACCUCCGAUCAUGGCAUGAGCAACAAGGGGUCACACGGCGACGGGGAGGCAGAGUGCACGCAGACGCCUCUGGUCAUGUGGGGGGCAGGAGUGAGCAGAACUUCUGCGAGGAAGAGCGUGGCGCCCGGCCAUGAGGACAAGCAUGCGAACCCCAAGACUCCUGAAGCAUGGGGAAAGCUGAAAUACGUGGAGAGAAAAGACCUGCAGCAAGCACAGAUUGCUCCGCUCAUCUCAGUAUUGAUUGGAGCUCAGCUUCCUCGCAACAGCAUCGGCAUCCUCCCUCUCCAGUACUUGGACCUUUCUCCCCAGGACCCUCGUCGUCUGCUCCUCCUCCUCGCCAACGCAAAAGUCAUGCACGCGCAGCUGAAGAGGAAGGAGGAGGAGAAGCGUCAGUCGAGCUUCAGCCUUCUCUUCAAGCAGUAUCGUCCCAUUCGGGACGGGAGCAUCCAGCGCGCCAUCGAGGAGUGUGAGGAAGGAGCAAGAGAACGUCGCGCCGAUCUCCCACAGCUGGAGGCAGAAGUUCAUCGCGUCAUACAGCUCCUCCUUCAAGGGCUGCUUUACUAUGACACCUACGACCGGCACUUCCUCCAGCUGUUUCUUUCCUCCAGCAUUCUACUUGGCUGGGGCACAGCCUACGUUCUCCUCUCAAUCAACUACGAGUCGUGCUUCUACGUCGCCCUAUGCUGGCAGCUCCAGCUCUGGUUGGAGAUCGAGAGCUCUGUGCCGAGGAGUAAGGAGAAACGGCUCGAGCACAGAGACCUGGCGACGGCCAUAAUGCUCCUCUUCCUCACCAUCGCCUCCUUCUUCGGUACUGGCAACAUCGCGUCAGUCAGCAGCUUCGAGCUCAAGUCGGUCUAUCGCUUCCUCACUGUCUUCGACCCCUUCCUGAUGGGCGGGAUGCUCCUGUUCAAGAUCGUCUUGCCCUUCGUCCUGGUCACCGCCACCUUCAGCCUCAUCUGCUCCCGCCAGGGCGUUUCUACAGCAGGCGUUCUUUGUCUCGUGCUGGUGCUAGCAGUACGAACAGAAGGAAGUUGGAAGGAGAUCGGCAACUCCAUCUCUCACUUCGGCAUCACAAACUUCGUCAUUGUCAUGAUACAGGCAAAUUUUAUUCAUUGUAACCCGCUCCUGGUUCUCGGGGAUUCCCACGUGGCAUGUAGAUAA